GCGAGCGAGCAAUCGAGCAACUGCGGUAGUAACGCCGCUGCAUCAAUGUAGCAAGUGCAGUCCAUUGAGAGUCCAUAAAAUCGUUUUGUUUUAACGUCGACAUGACCAGUGGAACGUAAUAACAGAAGCAACUGAGCGUUGGAACCUGACAAGACUUCAACGCACCGUGAACUCUUUAUUCACAUAUUGAAAUCCCGUUCCUGAGAUUUUUAAUGGAAAAUGGCGAUAGGCAUACAGUCUUGCAGCAUCGUCUGCUCGGUAUCUUUCCAGAUUAUCUUGAUAUUCAAUGCACCGUGGCCUGGAGCGCAGGGUCUCACAUUCCCUCAGCAAUACACGAUAAUGCACUGGGCCAGGCGGAUCGAACAGGAGAUUGACAGAGUCUUCCAGCACAUCAGUGGAGCCCAGCAGCUGAAGUCGAUCUACAAUGAGAAAAUAAGGCAGUUUAGCCUGGUGAAAAAUUCACCCCGAGAAAUUGUGGAGAAGGUGGCCUCAGAUAUAGAGAAGCUGCUGACCAAGAAGAGGGAAGCACUUGAUAAGCUGUCAAGAGAAGCAGAGCGCCUUCAGAGGGAGCAUCCAUGGCAGGAUAGCAAGGAAUGGGACAUGAAGUAUUAUGACUCAAAGGCUGAGUUGGAUUAUUAUUCCUUACAGGAUGGUGAAGGGGAACCCAAAAAUCCCUAUCACCGAAAGUUGGAGUUUGUAUAUGACCCCUACUUCAAAAACAAUGUUAACUACUCUAGCACAGCAGUUCAGAUCCCCACAGACAUUUACAAAGGAGCUCCAGUGAUCCUGAAUGAGCUGAACUGGACUCAGGCAUUAGAAAAGGUGUUCAUUGAGAACAGUAGAGAGGAUCCCUCACUUCUCUGGCAAGCGUUUGGGAGUGCUACUGGAGUGACCCGUUACUACCCAGCCACACCUUGGAGAGCUCCCGAUAAGAUUGACCUAUACGAUGUUAGGCGGAGACCCUGGUACAUCCAGGGGGCGUCAUCACCUAAAGACAUGGUUAUCCUUGUGGAUGUGAGUGGCAGUGUGAGUGGACUUACUCUAAAGCUCAUUAAGGCAUCAGUUAUGGAGAUGCUGGACACCUUGUCUGAUGAUGACUAUGUCAACGUUGCCAGGUUUAAUGAAAAGGCAGAAGCUGUGGUCCCUUGCUUCACACACUUGGUUCAGGCCAAUGUCCGGAAUAAGAAGAUCUUCAAAGAGGCAGUGCAGCAAAUGCAAGCUAAAGGCACCACAGACUACAAGUCUGGUUUUCAUUUUGCCUUCCACCAGCUUUUAAAUAAGACUAAUGUUCCAAGAGCCAACUGCAACAAAAUAAUCAUGCUGUUUACUGAUGGUGGGGAGGACAGAGCUCAGGAUAUCUUUGAGCAGUAUAACAGGCCCAACAGGACGGUUCGAGUGUUCACAUUCUCUGUGGGACAACACAACUAUGAUGUCACACCCUUGCAGUGGAUUGCCUGUGCCAAUAAAGGUUACUAUUUUGAGAUCCGCUCCAUCUGUGCCAUAAGGAUUAACACCCAGGAGUACCUGGACGUGUUGGGCCGCCCUAUGGUUCUGGCAGGCAGCGUUGCUAAGCAAGUUCAAUGGACAAAUGUCUAUCAAGAUGCAUUGGGUCUGGGGCUCGUUGUGACUGGGACUAUGCCUGUAUUUAAUCUGACAGUGGAAGGCAACUCACAGAAUCAACUCAUAUUAGGAGUCAUGGGAGUGGAUGUACAUCUGGAUGAAAUAAAGAGGCUGACACCGCGAUACAAUCUUGGAGCAAAUGGAUAUAUAUUUGCUAUUGAUCCAAAUGGAUACCUUCUUCUGCACCCCAACCUUCACCAAAAGCUUGUGGAUCUCCCAGAGCCUGUAACGCUUGACUUCCUGGAUGCAGAGGUGGAGGACAGCAGCAAACAGGAGAUCCGUCGACAAAUGAUUGAUGGAAGGCCUGGUGAAACCCAGAUAAAGACGCUCAUCAAAUCCAUGGAUGAGCAAUAUAUUGAUGAAGCAUUUCGAACUUACACUUGGACACCAAUUAAUGGCACAGAUUACAGCCUGGGUUUAGUACUGCCUACUUACAGUGAAUACUUCAUCCAGGCAGACUUGAGUGAUGUGAUGCUGCAGCUUAAGUAUCUACAAUCACUGCUGCCCAGUUCCUUUGAAGAAGGAGGCCAUGUUUUCCUGGCUCCCAGAGAAUACUGCAAACGCCUGCAUAUCUCUGACAACAACACACAGUUUCUGGAGAACUUUGUGUCCCUCAUGGUAGAGAUUACCCUGGAGUCUGAAGAUUGUGAUCAAGGCCUCAUCCACAACCUGAUCUUGGAUUCUGGAAUCAUGUGGCAGCUUGCAUCCAGAGUGUGGAAGAACAAGGAUCUAAAUUCGUAUGGCUUCCUGGCUUUAUUUGCUGCAACAGAUGGGGGAAUUACUCGGGUUUUUCCAAACAGUGCUGCUGAGUCAUGGGAUGAGGACCCGGAGCCCUUCAAUUCCAACUAUUAUCGCCGCAGCCUUGACAACAAGGGAUACAUGUUUAGACCACCUCUCAGAGCCUCAAUGGAGGAGGCAGCAAGCUCAGAGAAUGGCUCUUUAGGGAUUCUGGUCAGCUCCUCAGUGGAAGUUCAUUUUGGAAACAAGAUUCUGAAACCAGCAGUGGUGGGAGUGAAACUGGACUUUGAAGCUUGGGUAGAUAAGUUUAAGAUCUUGGCCAGCAAUGUUUCAGACAGUCGCCAGGGCUCACACAAGUGUGGUCCUUCCAGAAGCUGUGAGAUGGACUGUGAAGCUAACACUGAUGACCUUUUGUGUUAUCUGAUUGACGAUGGUGGGUUCCUCGUCAUGUCUAAUCAGAGAGAUCACUGGAAAAAGGUGGGCCUUUUCUUUGGUGAGGUGGACCCCUUCUUGAUGCACGCCUUAUACAACAACUCCAUCUACGCCCGACGCCAGUCUUUCCAAUACCAGUCAGCUUGUGAGCCUGUCAGCAGCAGUCACACAGGCGCUGCUCCGAGGGGCAUUUUUGUGCCCUCAAUUGCAGACAUCCUGAGUUUGGCCUGGUGGAGUUCAGCAAUGGCAUGGUCUUUAAUGCAGCAGCUACUCUAUGGAUUGGCUUACAACAGUUGGCUUUACUCAGGCGAUAUUCUGGCUGAAGGGUUCGAUAUCAGAGAAAGCAGCUGUGUAACCAUCCAAAGUCAGUUUUACUUCACCAAUACUACCAACUCAUACAAUGUGCUGCAAGAUUGCGGAAACUGCUCCAGGUUGUUCCAUGCUAAGAGGAUAGACAACACCAACCUGCUUUUUGUAGUGGCUGAAACAUUGCCCUGCAGCUCCUGUGAGAUAGAGAAACUGACCCAGAGCAGGACAGAAUUUCAGGAGGAGAACCCCUGUGAGGUUUUGAGCUCUGCACGUUAUCGUAAAGGACCGGCUAACUGCUUUGACUACAGUGCUGGGGAGAACACUACUGAGUGUGGGCGAGGCCAUUCUCUACAGACUUCAGUUGGAAUCCUAAUUUCUAUUCAGUUGAUCCUGGUUCUCCUUUGUCUCUAACACCUGGGUUAGAUCCAAGUCAAGGUCAUAUUCCUGCCAUUUCCGUAACUUUGUUUCAUGUUACACAUACUGUAAUCACCUCAGGUCAUUUUUGACCUCUGCCAAAACAAUGGGUAUGGUGUCUUCCACAACUGAAAAUGUAUGUGCAUCCUUCCUUUCUACCUUGCCAUUCUGCCAUUUAAACCUCGAGAUUUUUAUGACAGAGGGAUUAACUUUAAUUAUGCAUAUCUCUGAAAACCACUCAAUUCAUUUACUUUAAUGCUUCCACAAAAGCUUGGUAGGAUUGACAUGCUUCCAAAAGCCAAGAAGGCGCUGAGAGAUCAAAAACAUUGCUAAGAAUAGCUAGUCAGUUGUCAAAAACACAUUUUGGUCUCUUUAAUUUCCUGUUAUCAAACAUAAUAUAUAUGAACAGAUGCACACACUGUGUGACUUCAUUAUCAUACUGUACAUUUUGAUAACAUUUAUUAUUACAUUUGGAACAUUGAAGAAGCACUUAUUAAGCCUCAACUUGCAUCUUGUACAAUAAUUAAUUUCAUCUUGAAAGCUCAUGCACUUGUAUGCUAUUGUAUGGGGAAUGUAGCUUAUUGACAGCUUUUGGUGUUUUGCUUUAGUUAUGCAGCUGCCAUGCUGAACCUUACUUGUCGAUUACUUCCUCGUCUGAUCUGAGCGUAGCCCCCAGAGCCUUUGUGGAUAUACAGUGAUAUUUUUGACAAGCUGUUUUGAUGAAAUAUUUGUACAUUUUCUUUUUAUGUCCACCUGGCUUUCCAGCCAGCAGUGCCUUGGUGCACUCCUAUUGGUUGGCAGAGACUUGGAUCUUAUUGUUCCCGCAGCCCCUUGAGAAUGGCACACAGAUUCUAUUUGACUGGUGAGGACUAUGAACCAGACUAUGAAUGACAGAGUUUGAUUCUCUGUAUUGAUUAUGUACUGAUGGACUGCAGAAGGUAAGCUGGUUCAGUCCUGGACUGAAUUGUACAUUUUCUGUUUUGGAGCUAAGCACAGUAGACACACAGUUGGACAACAGCUGCUGUAUGACCUCUCUGCCCCCGGGGAGAAUAAAUAUUUUACCCAUGUUUUUUUUUUAAUGAUAAUGGAGAAAGGUGUGGAGCAUGGAAGAACAAACUGAGAUACUUGAUGUAAUCUCUUGGUUCUAUGGUUCUAAGUCAACCUGGACCAAAGCACAGACACUGUCCAAUGAUUGGAAUCCUCAUUACCUUCAUCAAAGUAUUUCUUUUGCCAAUCAUGAAGACUCUGUGAAGCAACAGACUAAGGCACACUAACUUCUUCAAAUAAUGGCUUCAAAGAUACUUGACUGGUAUUUUACCAAGGUUUUCAGUAUUCAUUUUAGUAACAUUGUGUUAUUGAUUAAAACAAAUCUGUAUGCAUUUAUAGACAGCAUUUUGUGACACUAGUCUAGACUGUUUAUUACUUACUUUUAAGGUCAGUGUUAUAAUUGAAUAUGUUGGGUUUUAAAGAUACUUAACUGCAUGGUAUUGUCACAGAAAUUACAGUCAAUGUGAAUACUGUAGAUUACUGUAGGUACUUUCUGUUUAUUUUUCCUUCUGAGGGCUCCCUCCCUUCCAGUGGGAGUGGGAUUUAACAUGAACGCCACCUGAAGGGUAUUUAAGGAUAUUCAUACGAGGCAUUUGGUAACAAACAGGACAGAUGUAAUGCUUUAGGAUGGAUUAAAUGAAAACAGACUGGUGUUGGAUUACAUGAUAAAUGACCGUCACCGUCUGUCCUCACAGGAUAAAUGCUACAUUUUGCGUGCAUGGGUCAGAGUUUGUAAAUAAGUGGGCUGAUCUGCCAUGUUCUACAGAGGGGGUUUAGGGUUAAGGGUUAAGGGGGGGGGGUUGCAUGGAAUUUGAUGCUGAUGUCAUGACGUGAGCAUUCUUAAUCUUACCUGUGGUCAAUGAAGUUGAGUCAUUGAUUUAUAAUGCACACAGUUUGUUUUAAUGAAAUUCAAGGAUAGUUGAAUGUUUAUACGGAUUUUGGCUGGGCAUUGUAUGCAGUUUACAUGAAGUAUACAGUAUUUUUAUUUAUUAAGUAUGAAGUAAUAUGAAUGUCAGUGUCUUUCUGUGCAGUUGAUUUGGUUUGCUGCUACUGUUGUCAUUUGCUUGGGACAGAGUUGCCUCUCUUUGUGCCAGCCAUGUCACCUCAUUUAUUGUACAGCUGACGCCAAGCAAUCGUUGGACGAAGACCAACUUUGUAAAGAUUUACUCAAAUGCAUAACAAAUAAUAUACAUGUUUAUAUCUGAUAUUUGGUGAUUAAAAUCUGUUCAUAUUUUUCACUUUAGCUUUAUGGUGUGCUCCUUUUCACUCAUGUCCAUCAUUUACUUUCAGUCAUUUUAAAAAUGUAUUUUGAAUUACAUGUCUGUGUCCAUGAAACUAGUUUAUUUUACUGGUAGUACCACAUGACUCACCAUGGAUUCAAUUUCUGAAAUAAUUUGUUUAGGAUUGCGUUGUCCA